AUGCAGACCCUUCCCAGUGCAUCUGGCUCCCAAGAACCCGAAGAUCCAGGCUUUGCCGCGUUGCCUUCUCGUCUUAGACGUCGCAUUGACCGUGCUUUCGAAGAGGCGCUCGACUCCGUCGCAGGGCCUCCGAGAAAACGUCGUAGACGUGACGCGGAUCCCGAUCCCGGGACUGGCGCAGCGGCACCUGAGGCGGGAGGGUUCCUGCUUGAUGAUGAGUCUGGAGGCGACCAGCCAGGAGGAUUCCUGGUUGACACUGCAGCCACACCGGAAGGCUCCGUUCCAGAUUCCACUGCUGAAGACGAUGACUCUGGUACUGCUGAAAACGAAGCGAACGUCAAACUUCCGCUCUCACUCAUUCCUCACGCCUUGCAACUACUUGACCUGCAGCCAGAUGACGAAGACGUCCUCGCUGUCUUCAGACAUGCAGCUUCGGGGUGGGAAGACCAGGCCCGUUCCCGCUCGCGCCCGGAUACCUCAGACGAGCCAUAUGUCGGUCGAAAGGACUGGAGAGCCGUGUGUGCCGCCCUGCUUGGGGGCGACGAAGAUGACACAGGCGUCGAUGACGGGCGCCCUAUCGCGGAGGACGCAUCUAACGAAGGCGGCGAACUGACUCCACUCGAGAGCUCAGACUCUGAGGAUGAGUACGAGGCCAGCGAGCUCGAAGGCGACCCAUCCGAUGCAGAGGACAACGCUUCUGACGAUGAGUACCAAGAAGGCGGCUUCAUCGCUACCAGGGCCAGGGGCAAGGAGUCUGCGACUAUACGCACGUCCAAACGACCGUCACGGAAACCUCGUAGUUCACUCGCGACAUCCGAUGACGACGAGGAAACGGGGGACCCCCGCACUCAUCCGCUCACCGCCCGACAACGCCUCGAAAGCCGUCGUACAUUCGCUCUCUUCUUCCCUGACAUGCCGGACUCGCAGCUCGACAAGCAGAGGAUCAUGAUCAAGGACAUCACCCGCGCGGCAAAGCUGCUCAAGGAGAAGAUCACUGCAGAGGAGACCGUCGAGAUGCUCGAGAUGUUCUCCAGCUCCGCCGACAAGUCGAUGAGCCUCCAAGACUUUGAGCGGAUGAUGAUGACAGCCAAGCUAGCCUAG